GUGAAAUCUCAUACAGUUUCUGGUCCCAGCCGCUGUUGAGUCAAGUUCUCUAGCUCUGAGUGAUUUUUUACGAAGUGAAAUUGAAUUGUUCAUUAAACCUGAUCACUCUUUGCGCCCGUUGAGCUACAAAAUAUGCUAUCGGCAUCACGACUCGCCGUAUCGGCGCUCUGCCGCCAGGCGGUGCGGAUUUCACCGAAAACAGCUGGCCUGCUCAGGACACCGCAGGCACAGGGUCACCCGAUGAGGCAGUUCAUGCAGCAGCAGCGCACCAACCGCCUCGAGAAGAUUAUCGAGCGUCGUAAGACCCUCAAGGAAAUGGCCAUGUCACCUGCUACGGACGCACCUUUCAACGCAGGCAAAGGGCUGCUUGCUGGCGCAUCUCUUGUCGGGCUGGGCGCUCUAGUGUACUACGGCGCAGGAAUGUCGAAUGGCGUGGGAGCCAUAGAUAAGGCGUACGUCUGGCCUCAGUACGUAAGAGAUCGCGUACGCGACACUUACAUGUAUUUUGGCGGAAGUCUUGUUGUAACAGCGGCUUCGGCGGCGAUGGUUCUCCGCAGCCCGGCCAUGCUUCGUUUGAUGACUCGCAACUCGUUUCUAGCGUUAGCAGGCACAUUAGCUGCGAUGGUUGGCUCCUCAAUGGUGGUACAUGGAAUCCGAUAUAAGCCCGGUUUCGGCGCCAAGCAGUUGGCCUGGAUGGGCCACUGCGGUGUCAUCGGUGCUGUUAUUGCACCAUUAUAUCUUUUGGGCGGCCCACUUGUGUUGCGUGCUGCUGUCAUGACCGCCGGCGUUCUUGGUGGCCUCUCAACGGUCGCCGCCUGCGCACCAUCUGACAAGUUUCUCUUAAUGGGUGCUCCUUUGGGAAUCUGCUUUGGAGUAGUGUUUGCCUCUUCUAUGGGCACAUUCUUCCUGCCUCCAACGACCGCUCUUGGCGCUGGCCUCUAUUCAAUCAGCCUCUAUGGUGGCCUGGUAUUGUUCUCGCUCUUCUUGUUGCACGACACACAGAGGAUAAUCAAAAAGGCCGAAACCCAUCCUCCGCCGUAUUACGGAGGAGUCGUUCCCUACGACCCAGUGAACUCUUCGAUGUCCAUCUACAUGGAUACAAUCAACAUCUUCAUCCGGAUUCUUAUGAUUUUAGCGGGCGGCGGCAACCGCAAAAAGUAGAACAACACCAAACAUAUUUUUUUGAUCAGCUAGUGAUCGGCGAAGCAAAUGGACGGGUUAGAUGUCGCAGCGGAAGGGUGAUAAAGGCGUUCGGAAGGGAAACAAAUGCACCUACAAUUUUGAUGUCAACCCGUUUAACAUCAUCACCAGAAACAGCAGACUCCGAUAGUGAAAAUUGUUUCUAAUAAUUAGAGAGAAAUACAAGAUGAAAGCGAUUUAGUUGGUUUUUUGUUAAUGAAAUGCAGAUGAGCGGAGAGGAGGUAUCUGCUAGAGUACAGCAUUAAAAAGUCAAAUCACGGUAGAUGAUGAGUACAGAGAAUGUUCAUUACGUAUAAAUCCUUUGUUUUAAUUUUCUUAGAGGUUUGCUUUUUAUUCGUUUGGCCAGUUAUUUUUGGCGAUAUGUAGAUGUUUAAAUGUUCGAAGAAACCAUAUGAGCAUUUUGAUUGAAAAUCUGGGAUAUCUACAAAGCAAUAUGGCUUAAAUUAGGUGGAGCCUCGAUUUUUGAUUUAGGAUAUCGCGUAUCGUUUACUCGUAGGAAGACAUGUAUGCAGAAGGCAGAGCAAGACUUGUCAGACGAGUUAGAGAAAAGUUAAGUGAACGGAAGUCAUGGCAUCUUGAGCAGCGCUGCCGCUGUUGCCGAGCGGUAAAGAAUAGAUACCAACAGCGAUGAUAUUUUAAAAAUAAAGCUAAAUGCUAAUAAACGUGUUGUAUCUAGGA